AUGUUGGGCGUUUUCCGUCGCCUCGGGCUCGGCGCCCUCGCCGCCGCAGCUCUAUCUUCUCUUGGCAGUGCUGCUCCCGCCAAUGUCGCUAUCCGGUCUCUCGAGGAGCGCGCCUCUUCUGCUGACCGUCUGGUGUUUUGUCACUUCAUGAUUGGCAUCGUUGGUGACCGUGGCAGCUCGGCAGACUAUGACGACGAUAUGCAACGUGCCAAAGCCGCUGGCAUUGACGCCUUCGCCUUGAAUAUCGGUGUUGAUGGCUAUACCGACCAGCAGCUCGGGUAUGCCUAUGACUCUGCUGAUCGUAAUGGCAUGAAAGUCUUUAUUUCAUUCGAUUUCAACUGGUGGAGCCCCGGCAAUGCCGUUGGUGUUGGGCAGAAGAUUGCGCAGUAUGCCAGUCGCCCCGCCCAGCUGUAUGUUGACAACCGUCCAUUCGCCUCUUCCUUCGCCGGUGACGGCCUGGAUGUAAAUGCGUUGCGCUCUGCUGCAGGCUCCAACGUUUACUUUGUGCCCAACUUCCACCCUGGCCAAUCUUCUCCCUCAAACAUUGACGGCGCCCUCAACUGGAUGGCCUGGGAUAAUGAUGGAAACAACAAAGCACCCAAGCCGGGCCAAACUGUCACAGUGGCAGAUGGUGAUAACGCGUAUAAGAAUUGGUUGGGUGGCAAGCCUUACCUAGCGCCCGUUUCACCUUGGUUUUUUACCCAUUUCGGUCCCGAAGUUUCAUAUUCCAAGAAUUGGGUCUUCCCAGGCGGCGCUCUGAUCUACAACCGGUGGCAACAGGUCUUGCAACAGGGUUUCCCCAUGGUUGAGAUUGUUACUUGGAAUGACUACGGCGAGUCUCACUACGUCGGUCCACUCAAGUCGAAGCAUUUUGAUGAUGGCAACUCCAAAUGGGUUAAUGAUAUGCCCCACGAUGGGUUCUUGGAUCUUUCAAAGCCGUUUAUUGCUGCCUAUAAGAACAGGGAUACCGACAUCUCCAAGUAUGUUCAAAACGAGCAGCUUGUCUACUGGUACCGCCGCAACUUGAAGGCACUGGACUGCGACGCCACCGACACCACCUCUAACCGCCCAGCUAAUAAUGGAAGCGGUAAUUACUUUAUGGGACGCCCCGAUGGUUGGCAAACUAUGGAUGACACCGUUUAUGUUGCUGCACUUCUCAAGACCGCCGGUAGUGUCACGAUCACAUCUGGCGGCACCACUCAAACGUUCCAGGGCAACGCCGGAGCCAACCUCUUCCAGAUCCCUGCCAGCGUCGGCCAGCAAAAGUUUGCUCUAACUCGCAACGGUCAGACUGUCUUUAGCGGAACCUCGUUGAUGGAUAUCACCAACGUUUGCUCUUGCGGUAUCUACAACUUCAACCCAUAUGUUGGUACCGUUCCUGCCGGCUUUGACGACCCUCUACAGGCUGACGGUCUUUUCUCUUUGACCAUCGGGCUGCAUGUCACGACUUGUCAGGCCAGGCCAUCUCUUGGAACCAACCCUCCUGUCACUUCUGGCCCCGUGUCCUCGCUUCCAGCAUCCUCCACCACCCGCGCAUCGUCGCCUCCUAUUUCUUCAACUCGUGUCUCCUCUCCCCCUGUCUCUUCCCCUCCAGUCUCUCGCACUUCUUCCACUCCCCCUCCGGCCAGCAGCACGCCGCCAUCGGGUCAGGUUUGCGUUGCCGGCACCGUUGCUGACGGCGAGUCUGGCAACUACAUUGGCCUGUGCAAUUUCAGCUGCAAGUAG